AUGUCGGGCUUUCAAAGUCUGAUCCUUCUUUUUGCAGCAUUAGUGAUCAGCCUGUUGGUGCUGGUCGACUGCUUGCCAGGUCAUCAGGCUCUGGGUGUUGACCACCUCGAGAAAGAUCUUCCCACGCCGACAUCAGCACCUAGAUUCGUACCUUCGAAACGCAAGGCUGAUGUGUUAUCGUUCACUUGCGAUAGUACCGUCUGUUCAGUCUUCGAUGUCACCGCAUCUUUCCUCGGUACUUUCAAUCCUGCAUUGUUUACGGCAACAACUUCCAUCACUCCAUCAUCAUGCCAAGGCACAGGUUGCUCGACCUCAAUCCCUCUUCUGACUACUGGUGUAUCGACCGGGACUGGACUGCCAGGACCCAUCUCAACGAACUCAAGAGGCCCUUUUGCGAAUGGCACAGAUACAGCACAACCUACCGUUGGCCCCACUGCGUCAGGAACGAUAUCCAUCUCAGGCACUGGCAUCUCGCCCAGUCCUAACAGCACGACUUACGUCUACAGCACUUUGACUUUGUCCGUCACCACUUACACAGCCCCUUUUCCGUGGUCUGCAUGGACUAGCGGUCCUGUCACUGCUGGAACAGGGGCUUCUUCUGGUAUUCCGACUUCAUGUACAGAAGAUGCCACGUGGUCCAAUAGCACCAGCUCCACGGGCAGUGACGAUGCUAUAUCGACCUUGGCCGAGGCAUCACCCUCAAGCACGACUGAUGCAGCCGCAACAAGCCAAGUGCAAGAGUCUGAAUCCCGUUCGUUCGUCUCCACAGCUACCUUCGUUUUCGCAGAAACUACCAAUUAUGUGCCUAUACCAGAUACGUUUCCCAGCACAUUCCCUGACGUUGCUGGUCCCGAAACAACACCAUCUACUACAGCUACUGAUUCGGAUGAACCGUCAGUCUCGACUUAUGGUUCAACUUCAUGUUUCUCCACAACCAAUACUGUCACUUCUGGCACAGCAAGUGCAGUCAUUGCUGAAGCAGAUGUUGUUUGCUAUGGUAUCUGGUGUGAGGAUGGUGUCUGCACAGACUUUUUGACCCGUUCUGCCUUAUACACUUCUACUGUCGGGGCACCCUCCCCAACUGGCACUGGUGGUGCUGUGGUUUCAGCCUCUCCAUCUUUCAGCUUCGAAGCAGGUCGACAGUCAAUCAGUACGAACAGCUCCGAUAUCGUUAGUCCCACUGCUACAUCUACAUCAUCUGAAACCUCUGAAACGUAUAUACCAUGGGCAGCCUGGACGGCGACUCUAUCAACAAUCACGAGUAGCUCCUCAUCAAGCAACGGUGCAGUGUCUACCUCGACUUCGUCUUCGUCGCCAUCCACUUCUAUCGGUCCUGCCGUCAACCCUGACGAACUGGAGGAUAGUGACGAUGACGAUGAAGGGGAAAGUGACGACGAUGUUGACCCUAACGAUGAUCGCAAGAUCCGAGGUCGUUCCCUGCACACUAAACAUAGACGUGCAGCAGUGAAAGCCAAGCGACACGAGGCGAACCAAGAGAAGUUGAAGCCCAGCAAUACACGACCAGAGCAGAAAUUCGAUGGUUUGCUUCAGAAGAAGAGGAUUGAGAGCGCGAAGUUGGAUACGAUGCAGGCAGGAAGUAGUGGUAGCUCGUGCUGCAGUGGUGCGCUUCACUGUUGGAUCGUCGGUGGGACGAGAUGUUGA